CGGCGGCUGAGCAUAUGGCAACACUGCAGGGCCAAACAUUUGAGGUGGUGCAAGCCACUGCUGCUGCUGCAAAGCAGGAUGGUAUGGCGCAGCAUACUGCUGACCAGCAUAAAUAUAUGGUCCUUGUCCACCAUACUGCUGCUGAUCAGCCGCGUGAUAAGGAGGAAGCAUGGCCAUGGAGGAUGAACAAAGCUUGUGUGAAGUGAUGGUUAUCAAAGAUGUUCGAGUGAUAGCUACGAGCAAGAAGCGUGGCACGAAGUUGGUGAAAGGAGGAAGGAGUGGGCGAGGAAGGUGUUCUUUUAUGCAUCAGCUAUGCUUUCAGUGUGAGGACAGAAAGAUCUAUCUGCCUUCGAUCAUGAAGUCUCUCAUCAGUCGAAUAUCUUUAGCUACGUCUCUCGUCUCAAGAGGAAAGCGACAAAGCAACAAGAAGCAGCAUCGCGAUGCAUCUUCUCUCUCUUCUGGGCCUGCCCAUGUAUCGAAUCCACCAAUCAGGAUGAGCCCGGAAAUACAGUCCCAGGGACAACAACAGAGAACAUUGCUGAUCGCUGAAGAGUACUCGAAAUGCUGUGGCGAAAGAAGAAUUACGCAGUCUGAUCUCUGAGUCAAGCGAAUGAGACGUGAUGCGGGACUAUGUUCCAUCGCCUUGCAUGUGGAUGAGCAGAGUUUCGAACUUGCACAGGAGGCCCUUGAGAGAUUGUACUGGGUGGGAUCAAAUCUUACAGUGUGCUAGGCAAGAGAGUCGACAAGGGGGCCAA